AUGAACGUUGAGAAUUUGAAAGGUAAAGAUGUAAUUAUUUUUGACGAGAAGGAAAAGGAUGUAAUGAAUAAUAUGAAGGAUCAUGAUAAUAAGAAUUUAUAUAGUGAAGAUAUUAUACUUAACGAAAAAAAAGAUAAGAGUCACGGUGAUAAUGAUUAUGAUGAAGAAUAUGUUGGAUUGAAAGAAGGUAAGGAAAAUUUUGUAAGUUUUAAAGAUAAUAAAAAUAAUGUUAUAAAUGUAAAACGAUCGACAUUUAAAAAUAGUGUGACAUUUGUUGAUAAAAAAAAUAAUUUCAAAAAGAAUGUUAUGAUUAAAGGUGAUUAUGUACAUAAAAAGGAUGAUGGAAUUUAUCUUGAUAAGAAUAAUUUAUUUAAUGAAAUAAAUUUAUUGAUUAAAAAGAAGUUAAAAAUUAAUGAUGUUAUAAAACUGGAUUUAUUUCAUAAAGAUAAUUCUAUCCAAAUAAAACCUUAUGUUAUAUUUGAUGAUUAUAAAAAUGUAAAUAUAGAGAAUAAAAUAAGUAUAGAAAUAAUAAAUUUUUUAAAAAAUUGUAUAGAAAAUAAUAAAAAAUAUAUUAACAUUCAUAGUAGUGUUGUAGAAUUAAGAGGUACAUUUAAUGAUGAACUAAUUAAUCUACCUAUACUUAAUGAAUCCAUAUUACAAAAAAUUAGUAAUAAUAAUUAUAAAUAUAAAUUUAAUAUAGAUAAUGAGGUUCUUAAUUAUAUAUAUGUUGAUUUAUUUAAUAUACAUAAGAGCAAAUAUAAAUUUAAAAUAUUAGAAAAAAUUUUUGAAAUCGAAGAAUUAUAUUAUUAUGAUGUCAAACAAGAAAAGGAAAAAAAAAAAAAUAUAAACAUCAAAAAAUCAGAACACUAUAAAAAUGAUGAACAAUCAAAAGAAUUUAUAAAUUCGUCUAUAAAUGAAAAUAAUAAUGAGAACAGUAAAAAUGACGAUUCUUCAUCUAGUGUAUGUGCGGACAGUGAUGUGUUAAUAAAUUUAUAUAAAGAAGUUAAAAAAGAAGAAUAUAAGGAAAAAAAACAAAAUCAUGAUGAUGAUGAUGAUAAUAUGAAUGAAGAUUUACAUGAGAAAAAAAAAAAAAAAAAAAAAAAAAAAAUCGAUAAAGAUAAAUUAUAUAUUGAAAAAUUAAAAAAAUUAGUAGAAGAAGGUAGUGCAGAUGAAUCCUAUAAUUCGUCUAAUGAUAAAAGUAGUGAAGAUUACGAUGAUGGGGGGAAUGAUAAAAAUCAAAUAUUAUAUAAAAGGAAAAUUAUAUAUUCUAAAUGGAAAGCUCCAGUACAAAUAAAAAAAAAAGAAAAGAAGAAAAUAUUAAAGAAAAAAAAUAAAAAUGAAAGUGACAAUAAGGAGAAUGAUAAGUCUGACCAUGAACAUAAUAAUAAUAAUAAUAAUUUGACAGUUAUAAAAAUAUUUAAAGAAGUAGAGAAUGAUAUUGUAUGUGUUUAUUAUCCUAAUAGCUCAUACAAUCAAUGCUUAUGCUUAUCUUCUUAUGAAUAUAUAACCAAUGGACAUGAACAUAUCUUACCAAAUAAUCAUGAUAUUUAUAGCCAUAAUAAUAAUGAUGAUACACAUAUGAAUAAUGAAAAUUUUUGUAUAGAUACACUUAACGAAGAAAAUAUUAAGAUAAAGAAAAGAUAUGUAAAGGAUAUAUCAAUAUAUAACUUUUGUUGUGAUGAAAAGUAUAAGGGGUGUAAUUUAUAUCUUCAUAUAUCUAAAACGAAAAAACUGAAAAAUUGUAAAUUGAAUUAUAAUAUUCCUUAUGAGCACUUUUUAGAAAAUUAUGAUAUAAUAAAAAUGUAUGAAAUUAAAAAGGACAAAGGGAAUGAUAAUAAAAAUAAUGAUAAUAAAAAUAAUGAUGAUGAAAAAAUUAAUUGUGACGAAAAAAUUAAUAGUGACGAAAAAAUUAAUAGUGACGAACAAAUUAAUAGUGAUCAACAAAUUAAUAGUGAUCAACAAAUUAAUAGUGAUCAACAAAUUAAUAGUGAUCAACAAAUUAAUAGUGAUCAACAAAUUAAUAGUGAUAAACAAAUUAAUAGUGAUCAACAAAUUAAUAGUGAUCAACAAAUUAAUUGUGACGAACAAAUUAAUUGUGAUAACCAAAUAAAUAAGGGAGAGAAGAAAAGAAACCCUAUAGGAAAACUGUUUGAAAUAGAAAAAGACUGGAAAAUAAAUAUUGAUAUGCAUAUAGAUAUAGAGAAAUUAAUAAAGGAAUAUAAAAAGUGUAAUAAUAUAAAUGAGGAAAUACAUAUGAGUGAUAAUAAUCCUAUGGAUGAUAAAAAUGUACAAAAGUGUAAGUCGAAUAAAUUACAUUAUAUGAUAUAUAACUUUUAUAAAAAUUUCGAUUGUUUAAUGAAUUUAAUAAAUAGAUUAAAAAACAAUUCGAUUAAAUAUGAAUAUUAUUUCCCUAAAAUGAUUGGUGAUGUUAAUGAAGAAAUUCGAAAACAUUAUGAUAAAAAAAAAGUCAUAUUAUUAAAGAAGAGUAAUAUAAAAUAUAUUAGAGUAUUUAAUAAUGAAGUUAAAAGGAUUAUGAUACUAUUUUUUGUAUCUUAUAAUUCGAAAAUCUUAGAUUUAGCUUGUGGACAUGGACAAGAUAUGUUAAAAUAUAAUAGUGUACAAAAUAAAGUGUAUGUAGGUAUUGAUUUAUCAAAAAAAGAAAUCGAACUAGCCAAAGAAAGAUUAAACCAAAAUGAUAUGAAAGGCUUAUGUAAUAGUGACAAUUUUAUUUUUUUACAAGGAGAUAUUUUAAAUAAUAAAUUUUAUAGGAAAUGGAAAAGUAAAAAUAUUAUGUUUGAUAUUAUUUCAAUUAAUUUGGCUUUACAUUAUGUUAUAUAUAAUGAAAAGUCCUCAAAAAAAUUUUUUAAAAUUAUUGAAAAUUUUUUAGAAAAUGAUGGAUUGCUUUUAGCAACUACUAUAUCUACUGUAACAUUGACGGAAUUUUUGAUGAAGCGAUCGAAUAUUGAAAUGAAUGGAGAUAAUAUUACGAUUACCCUAGAGAACGACCUAUUCACCAUAAAAUUUGACCAAGAAAAUUUGUUGAAAAUUUUUAAAAACAAAAUAUGUCUGGAGGAAUUUAUAGAAUUUAUUAAUAAUAAUUCUGGUUCUCAAAUAAAAUAUGAUUACUUCAGUAAUUUGAUAAGAUAUUCUCUUGAUAAUGUAGUUGGUAUAAAAUAUUAUUUUUAUUUAUAUGAUACAAUUGAUGCUCACGAAUUUGUAAUUCCUCAAACAUAUUUAAAAAAAAAGUUAGAAGAAUUGGAUAUGGUUGAGUUAUUUAAUAAUACUGCUAUAAUGUUUCUUCAUUAUAUAACAAAUAAUUUAGAAACGUAUGAAAAAUAUGAGAAUAUUAAAUAUUUCCAUUUAUUAAAUAAAACUAUUGAUCAUAAUAUUUUUAAAAACAUUAAAGAGAGAAUUAAUAAAAUACAUGGCUACAGUAAGGACUCCCAAAUAUAUUAUGAUAUAUGUUCUUUAUAUCAUGUAUACGUAUAUAAAAAAAAUUUCGAUGCAACUAUACUGGGAACCAUGUAA